AUGGGUCCACUUACCUGUUUUCUCCUUUGGGUAGGAGUUCUAUCUUUUGCAGUUGUCGAUGCAGCUUAUGAUAUACCUUCAACUCUCGUUGGUGUCAUAGAAAACCGUUCUGGUCCUGGAGGCUUUGUGCUGAAUAACACAUUAUACAAUUACGGAGGUGGAACAUAUGAGAAGGCUUAUUCCAACAUAUUCAGCGCUAUUACCCUAGCAGAGGACGGUCAGCUUGUGUAUAAAGACGUUUACCAAUCUACACCCGGGAUUCUUUGUGCACGUCCAUAUGUGACGUUACUAGAAGAUCAGCAGACCAUUUAUAGCUUUACUGGAAGAUAUCCGGGGUACACUCGAAACAAGACUUUAUUAGUUAUGCGAUAUAGCUUCCAGGAUCAGAAUCCAUCAUGGGUUCCGAUACUUCCAACCAACAACGAGACCUGGCCAUCAGCGCGCAAAUCUCUUUCUAGUGUAGUUGCACCAAAUGGAAAGAUAUAUCUCUACGGCGGGCAAGACUAUGAUACAGAACACAGGCUCAACGAAUUUUACUCUUUUGACCCCGCCACAAAUCAUUUCACAAAUCUGACUACAGCUAGCCUGAUGUACAGUGAAUCUCACUCUGCUGUUGCACUUCCAAAUGGGUUGCUUGUAUAUACCACAGGGUAUUUGACCCCAACAAGGUCGGGGUCAAUUGGCAUGCCUUAUAAUAGAGUACUCGUUUAUGACACAAACACAGACACAUGGGAAACAAAGGAGACUAGUGGUCUUACAUUUAAUGAAAGGAUUCUAGCAAGUGCAACCCUUGGACCUGACAAGAAGACUAUAUUUCUUUUUGGUGGUUCAAAUCCAACUACUGUUCUUGAUAGUGAAGAAGAUGAAGCAACGCUUUAUAAUGAUAUCCUUAUGCUGGACACAUCUACCUGGAUCUGGAAAAAAAUGGAGACUCAAGGAUACCCGCCUACAGCUAGAAAUUCAGCUUUCAUGGGAUUUAUCUCUGAUAAUAUUCUUUUGGUUGCAUUUGGCCAAGCGAUAACAACAUACAUAAAUGAUGUUAAUGUUUUACGACUUGACAAUCAGGAAUUGGGUCAAUCUACAUGGCUCGGUAGCCCAGCAGACUUCUUGUCUAAUAAACUUUUAAAAGAAAAAACUGGAACCACUUUAAGCAAAGGUGCUCUUGCUGGAAUAGUCAUUGGAUCCAUAGCUUUCGUCGCUUUUUUAGCAUUUUGCAUAUGGAAGUCAAGAAAAAGCUUUAAAUAUCUUGCCUAUUACUUCCGUCACAAGAUCCUUUGGACACCGAGAUCAGGAGAGCCGAUUUGGGCCGAAGGAUGUCGUUUGGUUUUCAGAUGUGUCAUUCUCGCACUCUUUUUAUUGUUUUUUGGAUUUACAAUCCAAGAAGUUGUGAGCACUGAUAAAUCUAUAAUGACAAUUCGCAUGGGAUCAACUACUGUGCAAACUCCAGACAUUCGAUUUUGCUAUGACGGAUGGGAUACAGAUGAAAGCACGGGAAAAAACUUGCGUCCUCAUAUUAUAUGCUCUACAGACGAAAGCUAUGACUGUUCUGCUUUUGUAACGCCUUUAAAUAUGACCGUCCAUAAGCCAGCGUUUUCAGACCGUCUUGGCGAUGUUGCCUGUUUCUUGUAUUCUCCGCCCAGUUGGUUCGGCCUAAGCAAUUCUAAAGGAAAGGGCAGCAAUGGAACUACUCUAUUGUUUUCAUUUUAUGGAAACCCUGAUACGGAAGGAGCGAUUCAUACCACAUUCUACCCUCCUGGGAAGGACCCCAAUGUUGUUAAAUACGGCGUAUAUACCACAGAUGUGGUUUCUCUUGUGGGCAGAACAGAGCUAGAAUCUUGGAUUGUUUCCGAUUUAGAAGACAGAUAUGCCGCUAACACGCAUACUAUUAUUCCUAAUACUGUAUCAACAUUAAGCUACCAGAUUAAAGAUCAUCAAUAUAUCACGGACGAUAGGUGGAACAGUGUCGGAUUUUUGCCAAUAUAUGGUCACACUCCAGAGGUUGAGACUACUUUCAGAUCUGGCUACCAGAGUAAACUUAUUCAAUCUCGAGGAAAUUACCAUAUAAGCAACUUUAAGAUUUUCCCAGACGACUUUGCAAUAAUCAAGCUUCAGGAAAAAAAAGUAGUAACGCUUUUGAAUGCAAUCGGUUCUAUGGGAGGUGUUAUCAGUCUUGCUGUGGCCAUUCAAGUAUGGAUUUUUGGAUUCCGUCCAAAUUCUCCCUGGGGAAUCAUUCAUCGUUGGUCUGUUGGUCCCAUGAAAACUUCUGUCAAAAAAGGCUUAAUAUCUCAAUUUUAUUCGCUUUAUACACCUGUGCCGCUCGUAUCUCAUGUCAACCAGCGAGUCUCAGCGGUAUCCCCAGCUAUACAGAAUUCUAUUGACGAGAAAAUUACCACAGCACCCUAUCAAAUAGAGAAUGUAAAAGAACUGACCCAGAAACAAAGACUUGUUCAGAUGGAAGAGCGUAUGGAAUUGAUGGAGCAGCUUUUAAAAUCUUAUUAUGUUGAUGAUGAAAUUUUUCGAGAGCUCGACAGGGCCAUUAACCAGAAUUUUGUUAACAGCCCCGCGACAGACUUACCUUUGGAAGAAUCUCGACGAGGUUCUACUGGUGUACGCCAAAGAUUUUUGCCUAAAACAAAUCCUUAG